AUGCUUGCUACCUUGCUGGCUGUCGUGUUUGGGCUGGGCUUGGGCACACCCUUGCCCGUGAUGCCGUCAGUGAGUUCCAUCAAUGGGUCCUUAGAGAUCACGGUGAUCCUUGAGCGUGCGAUACUGGCGAUCAAUGGCGUGACGCUGAAGACCAGGGUGUUCAAUCAGACCAUCCCCGGACCAACCAUCCGAGUGAGGCCUGGUGAUGAGAUGAAGAUUCGUUUCCAGAACCUGCUUGUGGACCAAGGCAGCGCUUAUGUGCACAAUCAGUUUUCCGCUGCGGAUGAGUCCAACCUGCACUUUCAUGGGCUACAUGUGAGUGGUGAAUUGCCCUCAGAUGAUUCUAUGGUCCCAGUCCUGCCAGGGGAGGAGAGGGUGUACAUGACACUGCUUCCCCAAGAUCACAUGCCUGGAACUCAUUGGCUACAUCCACAUCGACACGGUUCCACUGCGCUGCAGCUGGCCGGGGGCGCCGCAGCGGCACUGAUCGUGGAAGAUGCACCUGGAACACUUCCAGCUCAAGUGGAAGGAGCUCCUGAGGUGAUCCUUGUUGUGAUGCAGAUCGAUCUGGAAACAACAGCUCGGAUUGCUUCGAGAGCACGAGAUUCUUGGUUUAGCUCUUCGGGCGGUCGUCUCACCACUUUGGUCAAUGGCGAGGUCGCUCCCACCAUCGGUGUACGUGGAGGAGAGUGGACACGAUUUAGAAUUGUCUACGCAGGAUGGCUGGCAGAGGUUCUCAACUUUGAUAUCUCUGGCUGCGAAAAGGCGUUGCUGGCAGCUCGGAUGCUUGAGGCCAAGGAUGGUAUUUACAUUCGUGACUUUCCUCGGAUGCUCUCUGGCUAUGCCCCGAUUCCGGUCGGCGGACGGGCGGAUCUCAUGGUUCGUUGCAUGGCCCCACACACCGAGUACCAGGUGACCUGGGGUGCCGAGAGAAUUGCCACUGUAAGCACUGGCGAGCUGAUUCCAAGCAGUUUGGACUUGGAAGCUUGGAGCCCCAGGUACCCAGCUUACCUGGAAGACCUUCAAACCACCGAGACCUCACCAGACUGUUCGUGCGUGACGGAGCUGGAGGGUCGGACGGUGAAUGGCCAUCUCUUUGAGGAGGACUUCAUUCUGCACGAGAGCUACCUGGGUGCCGUGGUCGAGCGUGCGAUCACGGCCAGAAGCCACCCGUAUCACCAGCAUGUGUACCCUUUCCAACUCAUGUCCGGCUUUGAAAACAAUGAUAGGAGAGACAAUGACAACCGCAACAACAACAACAACAUUGGCACCAGUGCUGGCAAUUAUGACCUGCCCGGAGACUGGCACGACACAAUUGAAGGUCAAGGCGUGGUGAGGUAUAAGCCAGCGGCAUUUACCGGAAAGGUGAUGCUUCACUGCCACCGACUGGAUCACGAGGACGAAGGAAUGAUGAGCAUUGAGCUUGUCAAGGAUUCUGGCCCUUGCGUGUGUCGAUCCCCGUCGCUGCUCCCAACAUGGGCAAUUAUCAUCAUUGUGGUGGUUCUUCUAUUGGUGCUUGGGCCCAUCAUCAUUCUAUCCUACCACCGGUGGAGACGCUUAGCCGCGCCAGUGGAGACACGUUGUUUUUAUUUUUUGCGUGUUCAACGCCACUUUUGGGAGCAAAUCCCUGUCAUCCUCUGA